AUGCAAUCGGUACCAGAUGGUGUGCUCAGAGUCAAACAGACCGACAGAGCCAUCAUCAACCUCAUUGCAAUGCCAGACGGUGUGGAGACACCCAAUGGAUUGGGCACUCCACCAAAUGAACCUGCAUCAGGCUUCGAAAUAGUGACUUGGAAUGGCGCCGAUGACCCAGAGAACCCGCAAAACUGGCCGCUGCAAACGAAAUUGUUACGAUCGUCUUCACCGUUAACCGUGAUCUUCGCUAUUGCAUUUGCAUCUAGUGUCUUUGGUGCCGCAGCCGACGUUACUGCAGCUGAAUAUGGUGUCUCGCAAGAAGUCAUGUCUCUGGGAGUAGCCCUAUUCAUUGCCGGGUUUGCAACGGGCCCACUGGUUUUCGCACCGAUGGCUGAAGUAGUCGGCAACGCUCCCGUGCUAGCUGUUGCACUAGCAGGCUGUGCGCUCUUUCAAAUACCGCUAGCACUAGCACAGAGCGUUGUCACUAUUCUAGUUUGUCGGUUCCUGGCCGGGAUGUUGGGCAGUGGAGGUCUUGCUGUGGGCUCUGGGAUCCUGGCAGAUAUCUAUGGACCGAUUACCCGCGGUGUCGCGGUAGGCAUUUCAGCCUCAAUCAUGAACAUAGGAUCGAUUAUUGCGCCUAUUGCUGGUGCGUACAUUGUUGAUCGAUAUGGUUGGAGAUGGACAGCGUGGGUAACCCUGAUACUAUGCGGCGUCGUGGGCAUCCACGCCGCACUAUUAUUACGCGAGUCAUCCCACAAUCGCAUCCUCAUGCGCCGCGCAGCUAGGCUCCGCCGUGAAACGGGCAACAUGAACCUCCGCGCUCGUGCGGAGAUGGCAUCUCUAGAGCCGCAGGUGCUCCUACGCAAAUACUGCACCAAACCAGUGCGAAUGUUCAUCCAAGAACCCAUUCUGAUAGUCAUGACGAUAUACCUGACCCUCGUGUAUGGCACGCUAUAUCUAUCGUACCAGCUAUUUCCCAAGGCAUUUCAGAAUCGAGGCUGGAGUAAGUCUACCGCGACCUUGCCGUUCAUUUCCGUCGGAUUGGGAGUAUUGUCGGCAUUGGGAUUAUUCUCUUUGUUCACGAUGACCUGGUACAAAAAACGAUGGCUAGCGUCUCAAAAGACAAAAGAAGAGGAAGGAGGGAAAUCUUCGACCCAGAUCACCCCGGAACAUCGAUUACCACCUAUGAUACUGGGGGCAGGGAUUCUCCCACCAGCACUCCUCUGGUUCGGUUGGUCGGGAGACGUCCACUGGGCAUCGCAGCUAAUAGCCUGUUUCUUCAUCGGCAUGGCGCUACAAGUGAUCUUCAUCAGUGGCAUUGUUUACAUUGUCGAUACUUAUCUUUUGAAUACCGUUUCGGCGAUAUCAAUUCACGUCAUGGUUCGCUCACUCGUCUCUGCCGUCUUCCCAAUCAUUGAAGGGCCUAUGUAUGAGACGCUGCAUAUUAAUUGGUCGGCCACGUUGCUGGCAGGUCUGUCGGCGGUGAUUAUGGUAUCACCUAUAGUGUUUAUGAUAUAUGGAUCACGAAUUCGAAGUUGGAGUCGGUUCUCGGUGGGGGAUAAUCAAAACAAGUGA